GACAAUGAUUUGAUCUACAACGCCGUCAUCCCAGCGGAGGCAACAUUGCCUGUGGUCGACAAGAUCUCUGCUGUGACGUCUAUUCCUAUCCAAGAAGUCUAUGGUACUCCCGAAGUACAAAAGACGAUCGGACCGGACCUUUUUGCCCGCUUGAUCCCACUCAGCGUGCACGAAGGCGCAAGUGUGUACUCGGAAGAAAAGGCCAAACUCGUCCGGAAAGAAGUCGAAAAGUCGGAAAUGGCUGACGGAGAAGUCAAGGCUGCUCUUGCAUCGCUCGGCGUCAAGGAGGGUGUUGUAAGAUUCAAAGAGAUUGCUGAAGGUGUGGUGGAUGAAAAUGUGCCUAGUGUCGUCCUUGGCUGGCAAGAAGAGAUUAAACGAAGAGAAACCAGCAAAGAUGGCGCAAAUGCUGUCGAACGACUUCUCAAAAACCUCGAAACUCUCAAGGCGGGAGUUCAAACCAAGCUCGGCACCAUACAAGAGUCGAUGGCUAUGGAAGAGCGCCAAUGCGAGAUGGAGCGCGUCAAAUAUGCUCACAAAUGGACUAUGGAGCCCAGUGGUGGUCUGAACAAGGACUUGAGGCGGGAUUGGAAGGAGAUGAAGGGCUCGCUCGAAGCCGCAGCUCCUUCUGACCAACAAGUCUUUACGUUGUGGAGUGGGAUCAAGGAGGAUGUGGCCAUCUUGACGGAUACCAAACGUCUCGAGGCGACGUACGCUAAUGCCGUACAUGGAACUGGUGGAAGUCUCUUGGACGUUAGUGAUGCCGAUACGGAUGAUGCCGAGCGGGAAAAGAUGGGCAAGUUGGUGGGAGAAAUUGAAGAGCGAUUGGGACGGCUGAACAAAAUUGCGCGGGAGCGAAACGAGAUCCUCAAAGACCUCAAAGAACGCAUCCAAAACGAUGACGUCUCGCAUCUCCUCCUCUUGAACCGACGUACGCCAGGUGCUCAACCCAAUAAUGGUGGUCCCUCCAAUGUCGAAGCGACAAUCUUUGCGAACGAGUUGGAAAAGUUUAGGCCGUAUCAAAGCCGAAUAGCGUCUACUAUACAUGCUCAGACGUCUACUAUUAACGAGAUUGGUGGGCUUUGGAAGUCGCUCAAGAAUCUUGGUGGAGGUGGCAAGGGCAAGGGUAACUCGAAGAAGAAUUGGGAGGAGCGAGAAAAGAGAGUCAAGGAGGUUGUAAGGCGGAUGGCCGCUGCUCGAGAAGGUUAUCUAGAGGUCACGGAUGGUGUCAUGAAAGGACUCCAGUUCUAUAAAGAUCUAACUAAACUAACGAAUGGGCUAAACGAUCGUGUCGAGACGUUUGUCUCGUCAAGGACCAAGCAACGAGAGGCACUAGCUGGGAAAUUGGCAGUCGAAGCUCGACUGGAGGGUGCCGCCUCUCCACCGACCACUCUUCCCUCUCAUCAGUCAUCUGGAUCGAUCUCUGGUCCCCCGAUCCCGCCUCCUCGUCCGUUGGAAUCUGCAUUUUCUUCCAUGUCGUUGGGUGGAUCAGGAGGUGGCCAAAGUGGACCAUCUCCUACCUCCAAUGUCACCCUAUUCUCAGCCCAACAACAGCAGCCUCAGUACAACCCACAGCAGCAACUACCACCCCCACCGCCUCAGAGACAACCAACUGAUCCGUACGCAGGAAUGUUUGGCUCGAUGGGUCUUUCGUCUCAAUUCUCAAUGGGAGGAAACAGCACAGCCGCGCCACUACCUCAUAGUACCAACAGUAUAGGUACACCGCCCGUUUCGUCGUCGUCCUCUUCACCUCCAUUUGGACAUGCCACCGGCACGCCUGGUGCCGUGUCGACUAGCGCGUGGACUACACCCGGUCCACCACCCUCCUUUACGCAACCGCAACAACAACAGCAGUACUCUCAGAGUAUGUCACCACCUCCUUCGAAUCCAUAUGGUACUCCUGUUGGAGGGCCGCAACACCACCUGUACCAGGGCUACCAACCCUCGCCUUCGUUUACUCCACAACAACAACCUCAACCCUCUUCACCUUAUGGACAACCGCAGGUAACUCAGCCCAUGGGUGGUGGGUAUGGGUAUGGAGGAGCACCAACCUGCUACCUCAUAUCAGUAUCCUCGAUGAUGACAGUUAUGAUGAAAGACGUAGCGAGCGAGUGCGAUGAAAGGACGAGGAGAAUUGAGGUGAUCGGCGGGGAGAUCUCUAUGGGGUGA